UGUACAUGUACACACAAACAUGUGGUACAUGAAUAACAAAGAAUUCUUCUUAGCCCUAGCUAUUCCUUUUCCACUUCCUUCAUGGGGACCAGUUUAAAAAGUAAUCGCUUCUUCAACAUUGGGUGUUUGUUUGUUGUUGAGUAGGAGUUUUCCUCUCACCUAGGCACAAACUUUUGCGUAAUUUAGCAGCUCCUUGAAAGUACGGAAUUCCACUUUCCUCGUCGCAGCGGCUGCCGUUGGCACUCAAAGCGCCCUCACUGGGCCAGACAAGUAAAGAGUACCAAAGUACCAAAACCGAAAUCAAGGGUCACAACCAAGUUCUGCAACAAAUACAGGGCAGAAAUUUCUAGAAGACGGAGGAUACAGUGCAUGAAAUGUUCGAGUUUAAGACUCCCGAAAGGGGAUCUUAUAGCAUCAUGUCAUUUUCCGAGGGUAAUCAAAUCUUGGAUAGCGAUCUGAGCAUCAAGUGGUUCCAGGACAUUAUUCAGGGAUGGGAUGCACGGCUUUCAAGGGAUACGAUAUCGGCCAUGUCAAUGGUGGAGCGGCGAAAACAGUCCCUCUCGCGCGGAGCGUGGGCAUCAAUAGCACUAGAGGCCUGGACUUCCAUAAGCGCUUCAAGAAGCGCAAUGUUGUUGCCUGAGCUUUCUCAGCUCUUACAAGGCACAGUUCCGCUUCUUCGCUAGGGAUAUCUGGAUUGAGGCUAUUUCCUGAUAAAAAAGGGAAUGUUUCGAAUGGCGAGAGAAGCCUAUCUUCUGUUUCUUACUGGACAUUGUGCCAUCUGCCAAAUCACCACACGGCCGCACUCGUUUUAUUAGUUAAUAUUCUGCUUCAUUGGACUUGUUUAACUUUUUUCUUCUGAAUUUUUGCAUUGGAUGUGUACUUACAGGGCAUAAAUCUUGCUGAACGUUGAGAUCUUUUGAAUCUUUAAUCUGAAUCCUCUUCUUACAAAUUGAAUCUCGAGGUGUUUGGAUGCGCUAGAUGGCAGGGCUCCAGCUAGGUUGUCGAAUUCUGCGGAUUAUUACAGCGUAUACUCUGUACUCGUCCCACGUUUGAAACGGAGUUGAGACACUUCACGGAUGUUAUAUGUGAAGCUGAGGGUCGAGUCACGGAGCAGGAUUCCUUCGUUGCCAAAUGCUGAGGACAGGGGGAGGGAGGAGUUUUGUUUGACCCCUCUCAUUUUGAGGCCGAAACGAAUGGAGGGGCUAGAGUGCGGAGUAGACCUGGUUAGAAAGGGGAAAAAUGUGUCUGUCAUUCAAUAUAACGGAGGGCGACCUUCCAUACAUGUGGCUGAAAAUUUUUUGGCUUGAUAUCGCUCCCCAACACCGUUCGUGGAGGGCAUCAAAAUACCAGGAUUCAUAAGUCCUUUUCUACAGUUAGCAUUUUUCAAUAGUUUGCAGCAACGACUUUUGCUGCAGGUGCACUCUUGCGUAGCAUGAAGCCGCCGUUGGUUGCAAGCUUGAGCU